ACACACCCCUCUCUGUCGUCCCUGAGCCAGAUGGAAACCUCUGCCUCUCCCGGUGCUGCCGCAGCUGCACAGCGGCUGCUCCUGCUGUAGCCAGGCCGCUGUAGGACACCGCAGGGCGGGGAAGCAUCGUCGCAGGGGGCCGGUGUUGUGGAGCGGAUCUCUGGAGCUCUGACAGCGUCUCCUCCUCCCUCAUGCUGCACGCUGCGGACCCGCAGAUAGAUGCACGGAAACACACACUUUUCCUUGAUGCGUAAUUGCAGCAGUGAGAGAAGCUGCAGGAGCCGAUUUAUUUCAGUGUGAGCUGCAGAAAAGGAGGAAGGAUGAGCCGCAGACGAGGGACAGGAGGACUCCUCUCCGUGUUCCUUUUCUUGUGUCUGCUGUGGACACAGCUGCUGGUCACAGAAUCGUCCUCCGGUGAUCACGAGCUUCGUCUCUUCCCUUCUCGUCGCUCCAGUCGUCUCCCUCCACCCCUUCACCCCCAGCACGACCUGAACUCACAACCUGAUGUGGACAGCCUUCCAGAGACCCACCCCCACCACCUCCACCACCACAACCACCACCAUCAUCAUCACCACCUCCACCACCAGCACCCUGCCAGGUUAGCCAAAGUGAUGCCCGCCGCCCUGCUGGAGUCUCGGUUUCGUCAUCAGCCUGGCGGCCAGCGAACCCUCGACCUUCUGGCACGACCACAUCACGAGGUGCAGCCGGAGCACGCUGUGGUGUCUGCACGCCAUCUGGUUACCGUGUACCUGGCUGUGGAUGUGAGGAGGCUGAACGUCAGUCUUCUUCGCUGGUUUCGGGAAGGCGUAGCGGCAGCGCUGGGCGUUCCUCCGGGACACGUGCACAUCAACCGGCUGAAUGAGAAGAAGAAUGGCAUCGAGCUCUUCGUGUCCUCUGAUAGGCUGGGGAUCUCCGAGCCCCGCCCCGCUGAAGAGGUCAUCCAGUCACUGAACGUCAGGGUCCUUCAUCGCCACCUGGGACACUUUGGCAUCACAGAGGUCUCCACUGAGAAGAACGUGCUGCAGGGCGAGCAGAGGGAUCACGUGUGGAGCAGAGAGGGUUUCUACGCCAUAGUCCUCUUCUUCACCGUCUUCGUCAUCGUCAUCACCUGCUUGAUGGUUUUGUACCGACUUAAGGAGAAGGUUCAGGUUUCUGACAGACAGUUGAAAGCCCCGCCCCCUGAUGUCCACCUGACCCCGACUGUCCAAUCAGACUCUGCCCAGAAGUCAAAGGGCGCCAAGGUUGUGACGUCAGGAAGUAUGGUCCAAGCUCAGCUCCCUCCAGCUGUAGCCACGCCCAUUCCCCAGCCGCCGCCAAUCGUACCCUGCCGCCGCCUCGCUCCUCCUGUCGUCCCUCUGCCCAGCUCCGCCCCCGUCCCCAUUGUCAGCAGUAACAACCACGCCCCCCUGGCCAGCGUUGCCCCGGUGACAGCCACUAACGAGCUAAAGCCCUGCCCCUCCCCCUUCAGGAUGAAACCUGCCGCAGGACUGCAAGAAAGACGCGGCUCUAACGUCUCUCUGGUGUUGGACAUGUCGGCUCUCGGCUCUGUGGAGCCACUCAACGUUGCCGUGGUAACCCCCAGGGAGGCGGCGGCCAGGGAGUACCUGCUGUCAGCUGGCCGGCCUCUGACGCGACAGCAGCUCCGCGACGUCGUCAUCAACACACACAAGCUGCACGCCGAGUUCGCUGAAAUCCCCAUGAAUUUCAUCGAUCCCAAAGAGCUUGAUAUUCCAAACCACGGGACCAAGAACAGAUACAAGACCAUACUGCCCAAUCCUCAUUCCAGAGUGAUCCUGAAGUCAAAGAGCUGCAACGACUUGCUGAGCUCCUACAUCAACGCUAACUACAUACGGGGUUACCUAGGUGAAGAGAAGGCAUUCAUCGCCACCCAGGGUCCCAUGGUGAACACGGUGAACGACUUCUGGCAGAUGGCGUGGCAGGAGGAGGCACCCGUCAUCGUCAUGAUCACCAAACUGAAGGAGAAGAACGAGAAGUGUGUCCUGUACUGGCCGGAGAAGAGGGGAAUCUAUGGGAAGGUGGAGGUGUUGGUGAACAGCAUCAGAGAGUGUGAACACUACACCACUCGCAGCCUCACACUCAAGUGUGGCAAUCAAACCCGCGUGCUGCAGCAUUACUGGUACACAUCAUGGCCCGACCACAAAACCCCCGACUCCACGAUGCCGCUGCUGCAGCUGAUGACCGACGUUGAGACAGACAGACGGACGGCUGCCGUCAUUGGACCGGUCAUCGUCCACUGCAGCGCUGGGAUUGGCAGAACAGGCUGCUUUAUCGCCACGACGAUAGGCUGUCGACAGCUGCAGCUGGAGGGAGUGGUGGAUGUUCUGAGCAUCACCUGCCGACUGCGAGCUGACAGGGGAGGUAUGAUCCAGACAGGUGAGCAGUACGAGUUCGUCCAUCACGCCUUGAGCCUGUACGAGGCCCGCCUCUCUGCAGAAACCGGCCAAUGAGCUCACACCACCACCACAGGAGGCAUCGACUUAAACCUGGAAGUGCGCUAACAUAGCGAAGUCCUUAUAGCAGGUAUGAUCUCGGAGGUCUUUGAGUUUGAUGGACAACCAAUAAGGACUGUUGUGGGCGGGGCCUGCUGACGGAAAGAGGAAAGGUACAUUUCAGGAAAUGGAAUAUACCCCUUCUUCUUCUUCUCUGCUGUUUCUUCUUCGUGUGUUGUUGGCGAGCGAUUCUUCGGAGGAACUCGAAAGACUCACUUCACUUCUCUUAAACAACUGACUGUGGGAUCGUGUCGUUUUUAACUAACCAGACUGUCAUGUUACCUCUUUUCUGUCAUGGAGACGUAGAAAUAGUUCGACUGGAAUUGAUCGACAUUGUUCAAUAACACUGUUGUGUUUCUGUGUCUUAUAGGAUUUAAAAAUUAUUUUGUAACGUGGUGUUCUUAUGAGAAAGACUAUUGGAAAA